GUCGUUGCUCCAGUCUCAUGAGUGCACAGUGUGACUGAAUCACCAACAUGUCUUCCUCAAAGGAUCCUGGCAAAUCACAUUGUAGCCACACAAAGUUCUUCAUUAUCACAUUCUUUUCUCAUACAYUGCUACUUUGUGCUGGCAUCGUUCCUUUGUAUAUCACAACAAAUCAUCGUCUGGUGACUGUCGAAGAUCGCGUAAGGCURCAUGACAUGGAACUCAAYUCUUGYUGCCUCGUGAAAGAAACAUAUGGUAAUUUUCAAGAUCACGAGGAAACAAAGGUCACAUUGAAUCGAGAAAAAGAUGACCAGACGCAAUUUACCGACCGCGUAAGACGCAACACUCCUUUUACAUAUCUCGUGGUGUCUUGAAUUCCAUUCGUAUGGAAGUACGUAAUCACAUUUUAAACCUCACGGCCUCGCAGUUUUGUCAAGCUCCUGAUAGGAUUUGUAUUCGUGGAGUUCCGGGGAAAAGAGGACAAAGGGGGAGAAGAGGGUCUCGGGGAAGAAGAGGUCGACCAGGUCCUAAGGGAACAAAAGGCCUUCCUGGAAAAUACGGUAAACAAGGAUUGCGAGGACCUCCUGGACUAAAAGGACAAAAAGGCGAUAUCGGAAAUCCAGGACCGCCAGGACUGACGGGACCGAAAGGGGAACGAGGGGAACAGGUUUCUGAGCCUUCAGUACUUAUUUCACCAUCGAUACUGACAGUUACUCAGAACCAGACAGCUACUUUACAUUGCAAUGCUUACGGUAAUCCCAAACCAAAGAUAACAUGGAAAAUGGAAUCGGGAAAACAAAUUGAUUUUGGUAAAACCAGAAUAGAUAAAUCAGGAUUGCUUGAAAUCACGAGUGCUAGUGAAAACGAUACAGGAAACUACACGUGUUCUGCAAAGAGUGUUCUCGGAGAGGAUGCGAAAAGAGUGUCACUUCUUGUCAGAUUUCCACCAAGGUUUACCAAGGUACCACAGUCAUUCCAAACCGUUCGCCAAGGCAGCACUUUGGAUCUGUUAUGCCGUGCUUCGGGAUAUCCACCGCCCAUAAUCACGUGGUCAAGACUUCAUGGAUCUCUACCUUCAAAACGAAGUCAAAAAAAACGGCGGGAAAAAAGAUGUAAAGAUGGCGAUGCACUUGGCAUGCAAAGUAAAGCCAUUCCAGAUUCAAAAAUUACCGCUUCGUCGAAUGGUGGUUCAAGCUGGCUCCCAUCUUAUGCUAGACUAAAUGUAGCCCUUGGUAAUGGUGGAUGGGCAGCUAGGUCUAAUACACUAGGAGAAUGGAUACAAGUUGACUUGAGCAAAGUAACCAGAGUUAUAGCCAUUGCGACACAAAGCUGUCAAAGUAAUUCCUUCUGGGUUAAAACGUACAGUUUGCAGUACAGCGACGAUGGAACUAGCUUCAAAGACUAUGAAGGGGGAAAGACUUUACCUGGAAAUUUGGAUCAAUCAACGGUUGUAAAAAAUAACCUUGACCCUGACAUAACUGCCAGAAUCACCAAUAUGCCAUUUUCAAAAGAUCCUGACAAAACGUAUUCUUGUAGUCACACAAAGUUCUUCAUUAUCACAUUCAUUUCGCAUACAUUGCUACUUUGUGCAGGCAUCGUUCCUAUGUAUAUCACAACAAAUCAUCGUCUGGUGACUGUCGAAGAUCGCGUAAGGCUGCAUUACAUGGAACUCAAUUCUUGCUGUCUUAUGAAAGUGACAUAUGCAGAUGAAGAGGAAACAAAGUUCACACUGAAUAGAGAAAAUAAUGACCAGACGCAAUUUAUCAAACGUUUAAGACGCAACACUCCUAACAWAUCUCSWGAUGUGUUGAAUUCCAUUCGCAUGGAAGUACGUAAUCACAUUUUAAACCUCACGGCCUCGCAGUUUUGUCAAGUGCCUGAUAAGAUUUGCACUCGUGGAGCUCCGGGUAAAAGAGGAAAAAUUGGGAGAAGAGGGGCUCGAGGAAGAAGAGGUCAACCAGGUCCUAAAGGUACAAAAGGCCUUCCAGGAAAAUAUGGUAAACAAGGACUGCGAGGACCUCCUGGACUAAAAGGACAAAAGGGCGAUAUCGGAAAACCAGGACUGCCAGGACUGACGGGACCGAAAGGGGACCGAAAGGGGAACGAGGGGAACAGGUUUCUGAGCCUUCGGUACUUAUUUCACCAUCGACACUUUCCACCUAGAUUCACCGAGGUACAGAAGCCAUUCCAAACAAUUCUUCAAGAGAGUACUGUGAAUUUGAAAUGCGCUGCAUUGGGUUACCCACCACCCAUUAUCACUUGGAAUAAAGUGAUUGGUACCCUUCCUACAAAACGAAGUCAGCAAAAUGGCGGGAAACUGACCAUAACAAGAUUCCAGCAAAGUGAUAGUGGAUCUUAUCAAUGUGAAGCUGUGAAUUCCUUGGGGAAAAAGAUAUUCUACACGACACUGAGCUUCGAUCACAAGGAAACAAAGGUCACACUGAAUAGAGAAAAAGAUGCUCAGACACAAUUUAUCGACCGCAAAAGACGCAACACUCCUUGCAUAUCUCGUGAUGUCUUGAGUUCCAUUCGCAUAGAAGUACGUAAUCACAUAUUAAACCUCACAGCCUCGCAGUUUUGUCAUGCGCCUUAUAAGAUUUGCAUUCGUGGUGCUCCGGGUAAAAGAGGACAAAGAGGCCGAAGAGGAAGAAUAGGUCUUAAGGGAAUGAAAGGCAAUCCUGGAAAAUAUGGUAAGCAAGGAUUUCGAGGACCUUCUGGACUAAAAGGAAUUAAAGGCSAUACAGGGAAUCCCGGACCAAAGGGACAAAAGGGAGAUCAUGGGAAUCCUGGACCGCCAGGAUCGCCGGGACCGAAAGGGGAACCAGGUGGAAAGCUUUCUCAGCCAUCAGUACUUGUUUCACCAUCGACAUUCACAGUCACUGAGAACCAGACUGCUACCUUUCAUUGCAAUGCUCAGGGUAAUCCAAAACCAAAGAUAACAUGGAAAAAAGAAUCUGGAAAGAUUGAUUUUGUUAAAACCAGAAUAGAUAAAUCAGGAUUGUUCGAAAUCUUGAAUGUUAGUGAAAACGAUACAGGAAAUUACACGUGCUCUGCAAAGAGUGUUCUCGGAGAGGAUGCAAACACAGUAUCACUUCUUGUCAGAUUUCCACCGAGGUUCACCAAGGUACCAGAGUCAUUCCAAAGCGCUUUUCAAGGAAGCACUGUGAAUCURGAAUGCAGUGCAUCGGGUAAUCCACCACCCAUAAUCACGUGGUCAAAAGUUCAUGGCUCUCUCCCAGCGAAACGAAGUCAACAAAAUGGCGGGAAACKUACAAUCAGAAAAUUCCAGUUAAGUGACAGUGGGUCUUAUCAAUGUAUGGCUGUGAAUUCCUUGGGUAGAAAGACUGUUUACACGACAAUGAACUUCGUCCGUAGAUGUAAUAGUGAUGCACUUGGUAUGCAAAGUAAAGCCAUCCAUGAUUCAAAAAUAACCGCUUCGUCGAAUGCUGGUUCAAACUACCUCCCAUCUUAUGCUAGACUGAAUGUAGCCCUUGGUAAUGGUGGAUGGGCAGCUAAAUCUAACACACAAGGAGAAUGGAUACAAGUUGACUURAGCAAAGUAACCAGAAUUACAGCUAUUGCGACACAAGGUUGUCAAAAGUAUUCCUUCUGGGUUAAAACGUACAGUUUGCAGUACAGCGACAAUGGAACUAGCUUCAAAGACUAUGAAGGGGGAAAGACUUUACCUGGAAAUUCGGAUCGAACAACGGUUGUGAAGAAUAACCUUGAGCCUGCUAUAACUGCCAGGUAUAUCAGACUUCUACCAAAGACAUACUAUAGCCACAUGGUACUUAGAAUGGAACUUUAUGGAUGUCAAUUGAAUGGCGAUGCACUUGGUAUGCAAAGUAAAGCCAUUCCAGACUCAAAAAUUACCGCUUCGUCGAAUGCUGGUUUAAGCUGGCUCCCAUAUUAUGCUAGACUGAAUGCAGCCCUUGGAAGUGGUGGAUGGGCAGCUAAAUCUAAUACACUAGGAGAAUGGAUACAAGUUGACUUGAGCAAAGUAACCAGAGUUAUAGCCAUUGCAACACAAGGCUGUCAAAGUAAUUCCCACUGGGUUAAAACGUACAGUCUGAAGCACAGCGACGAUGGAACUAACUUCAAAGACUAUGAAGGGGGAAAGACUUUACCUGGAAAUUUGGAUCAAUCAACAGUUGUAAAAAAUAGCCUUGACCCUGACAUAACUGCCAGGUAUAUCAGACUUCUUCCAAAGACAUACCAUAAUCACAUGAAAAAUUCCAAUCUUGGCNGGGGAAGAAGAGGUGGACUAGGUCCUAAGGGAACAAAAGGCCUUCCUGGAAAAUAUGGUAAACAAGGAUUGCAAGGACCUCCUGGAUUAAAAGGUCAAAAGGGCGAUAUCGGCAAUCCAGGUUCGCCAGGACUCCCGGGACCGAAAGGUGAACGAGGAGAAGUGGUUUCGGAGCCUUCAGUACUUAUUUCACCAUCAACACUGACAGUUACUCAGAACCAGACAGCUACGUUCCAUUGCAAUGCUUACGGUAAUCCUAAACCAAAGAUAACAUGGAAAAAGGAAUCUGGAAAACAGAUUGUUUUUGGUAAAACCAGAAUGGAUAAAUCAGGAUUGCUUGAAAUCUCGAAUGUGGAUGAAAACGAUACAGGAAACUAUACGUGCUCUGCAAAGAGUGUUCUCGGAGAGGAUGCAAACACAGUAUCACUUCUUGUCAGCUUUCCACCGAGGUUCACCAAAGUACCAGAGUCAUUCCAAACCGUUUUUCAAGGGAGCACUGUCAAUUUGAUAUGCACUGCAUCGGGUUAUCCACCACCAAUAAUCACGUGGUCAAAAGUUCAUGGUUCUCUACCAUCAAAACGGAGUCAACAAAAUGGCGGGAAACUUACAAUCAGAAAAUUCGAGUUAAGUGACAGUGGGUCUUAUCAAUGUAUGGCUGUGAAUUUGUUGGGUAGAAAGACUGUUUACACGUCAUUGAGCUUCGCGUGUAAAGAUGGCUAUGCACUUGGUAUGCAAAGUAAAGCGAUUCCAGAUUCAAAAAUAACCGCUUCGUCGAGUGAUGGUUCCGCGUGGCGGAAAUCUUAUGCUAGACUGAAUGCAUUCCUUGGUAGGGGUGGAUGGAGCCCUAAAACAAAUAGAAUAGGACAGUGGAUACAAGUUGACUUGAGCAAAGUUACCAGAAUUACAGCUAUUGCGACACAAGGCUGUCACACCUCUUCUUACUGGGUUAAAACGUACAGUCUUCAGUACAGCGACGAUGGAACUAGCUUCAAAGACUAUGAAGGGGGAAAAACUUUACCUGGAAAUUCGGAUCAAACAACAGUUGUAAAAAAUAAGCUUGAUCCUGCUAUAAUURCCAGGUAUAUCAGACUUCUACCAAAGACAUACAAGAGCUACAUGGUACUUAGAAUGGAACUUUAUGGAUGCUAUGCUCUUGGGUGUCCCAAACUGGCUUUAUCUCACCUAUUCAUCGUAAUCAUCCCUUUCUCAUCAGUACACAGAACCGAAUUCACCAACAUGUCUUCUUCAAAGGAUCCUGGCAAAACACAUUGUAGCCACACAAAGUUCUUCAUUGUCACAUUCUUUUCGCAUGCAUUGCUACUUUGUGCAGUCAUCGUUCCUUUGUAUAUCACAACAAAUCAUCGUCUGGUGACUGUCGAAGAUCGCGUAAGGCUGCAUGACAUGGAACUCAAUUCUUGUUGCCUCGUGAAAGAAACAUAUGGUAAUUUUCAAGAUCACGAGGAAACAAAGGUCACCCUGAGUCGAGGAAAAGAUGGUCAGACACAAUUUAGCRACCGCGUAAGACGCAACACUCCUUACUUAUCUCCUGAUGUCUUGAAUUCGAUUCGCAUGGAAGUACGCAAUCACAUUUUAAACCUCACGGCCUCGCAGUUUUGUCAAGCUCCUGAUAAGAUUUGCAUUCGUGGAGCUCCGGGAAAAAGAGGACUAAGGGGGAGAAGAGGGUCUCGGGGAAGAAGAGGUGGACCAGGUCCUAAGGGAAUAAACGGACUUCCUGGAAAAUAUGGUAAACAAGGACUGCGAGGACCUCCUGGACUAAAGGGACAAAAGGGCGAUAUUGGAAAUCCAGGACCGCCUGGACUACCGGGACCGAAAGGGCAACGAGGUGAAGAGGUUUCUGAGCCUUCGGUACUUAUUUCACCAUCGAAACUGACAGUUACUGAAAACCAGACUGCUACGUUUCAUUGCAAUGCUCACGGCAAUCCCAAACCAAAGAUAGCAUGGAAAAAAAAAUCUGGAAAGAUUGAUUUUGGUAAAACCAGAAUAGAUAAAUCAGGAUUGCUUGAAAUCUCGAAUGUUGAUGAAAACGAUACAGGAAACUACACGUGCUCCGCUAAGAGUGUUCUCGGAGAGGAUGAAAAUACAGUUUCACUUCUUGUUAAAUUUCCACCUAGAUUCAUAAAGAUGCCAGAGCCAUUCCAAAGAGUUCUUCAUAAAAGUGCUGUAAAAUUGACAUGCACUGCAUCGGGUUAUCCACCACCGAAAAUCACGUGGUCAAAAGUUCAUGGUUCUCUACCUUCACAGCGAAGUCAGCAAAAUGGAGGGAAACUUACAAUCCAAAGAUUCCAGCUAAGCGAUGGGGGGUCUUAUCAAUGCCAAGCAGUGAAUUCGUUAGGCACAAAGACACUUCACACUUCAUUGAAUUUCCGCGCAUCAUGCAUUCUUGGUGCACUUGGUAUGCAAAGUAAGGCCAUACAUGACUCGCAAAUUACAGCUUCCUCGACCCAUAGUAAAGCCUAUCUCCCAUCUUAUGCAAGACUGAAUGUAGUCCUYGGUGAAGGUGGAUGGGCAGCUAGUGCUAAUACUUUAGGACAGUGGAUAYAAGUUGACUUGAGUAAAGUAACCACCAUUACAGCAAUUGCGACACAAGGCUGUCAAAGWUYUUCCCAUUGGGUUAAAACGUACAGUGUGCAGUACAGCGACGAUGGAACAAGCUUCAAAGACUAUGAAGGGGGAAAGACUUUACCUGGAAAUUCCGAUCGAUCAACAGUUGUCAAAAACAACCUCGAUCCUGCUAUAAUUGCCAGGUAUAUUAGACUUCUACCAAAGGGAUAUUAUGACCACAUGGUACUUAGAAUGGAACUAUAUGGAUGCAAGUUAUUUCUUUACUUACUAACAGAUGAAGAGGAAACAAAGGUCACACUGAAUAGAGAAAAUAAUGACCAGACGCAAUUUAUCAAACGUUUAAGACGCAACACUCCUAACAAAUCUCCAGAUGUGUUGAAUUCCAUUCGCAUGGAAGUACGUAAUCACAUUUUAAACCUCACGGCCUCGCAGUUUUGUCAAGUGCCUGAUAAGAUUUGCACUCGUGGAGCUCCGGGUAAAAGAGGAAAAAUUGGGAGAAGAGGGGCUCGAGGAAGAAGAGGUCGAYCAGGUACUAAAGGAAUAAAAGGCCUUCCUGGAAAAUAUGGUAAACAAGGAUUGCGAGGACCUCCUGGACUUAAGGGACAAAAGGGAGAUAUCGGAAAUCCAGGACCGCCAGGACUCCCGGGACCGAAAGGGGAACGAGGGGAACAGGUUUCUGAGCCUUCAGUACUUAUUUCACCAUCAACACUGACAGUUACUCAGAACCAGACAGCUACAUUCCAUUGCAAUGCUUACGGUAAUCCUAAACCAAAGAUAACAUGGAAAAAGGAAUCUGGAAAACAGAUUUUUUUUGGUAAAACCAGAAUGGAUAAAUUAGGAUUGCUUGAAAUCUCGAAUGUGGAUGAAAACGAUACAGGAAACUACACGUGCUCUGCAAAGAGUGUUCUCGGAGAGGAUGCAAACACAGUAUCACUUCUUGUCAGCUGUAAUCACAUUUUAAACCUCACGGCCUCGCAGUUUUGUCAAGUGCCUGAUAAGAUUUGCACUCGUGGAGCUCCGGGUAAAAGAGGAAAAAUUGGGAGAAGAGGGGCUCGAGGAAGAAGAGGUCGAUCAGGUACUAAAGGAAUAAAAGGCCUUCCUGGAAAAUAUGGUAAACAAGGACUGCGAGGACCUCCUGGACUAAAAGGACAAAAGGGCGAUAUGGGCAAUCCAGGACCGCCUGGACUACCGGGACCGAAAGGGGAACGAGGGGAACAGGUUUCUGAGCCUUCGGUACUUAUUUCACCAUCAACACUGACAGUUACUCAGAACCAGACAGCUACGUUCCAUUGCAAUGCUUACGGUAAUCCUAAACCAAAGAUAACAUGGAAAAAGGAAUCUGGAAAACAAAUUGAUUUUGCUAAAACCAGAAUAGAUGAAUCAGGAUUGCUUGAAAUCUCGAAUGUGAAUGAGAACGAUGCAGGAAACUACACGUGUUCUGCAAAGAGUGUUCUCGGAGAGGAUGCAAACACAGUAUCACUUCUUGUCAGAUUUCCACCGAGGUUCACCAAGAUACCAGAGUCAUUCCGAACCGCUUUUCAAGGAAGCACUGUGAAUCUGGAAUGCAGUGCAUCGGGUAAUCCACCACCCAAAGUCACGUGGUCAAAACUUCUUGGUUCUCUCCCAGCGAAACGAAGUCAACAAAAUGGCGGGAAACUUACAAUAAGAAAAUUCCAGUUAAGUGACAGUGUGUCUUAUCAAUGUAUGGCUGUGAAUUCCUUGGGUAAAAAUACACUUUACACGACAUUGAACUUCCGUAGAUGCAAUAGUGUUGCACUUGGUAUGCAAAGCAAAGUCAUCCCUGAUUCAAGAAUAACCACUUCGUCACGUUAUAAUUCAAGAUAUCUUCCAUUUUAUGCUAGACUGAAUGUAGACCUUGGCAAUGGUGGAUGGGCAGCUGGCUCAAAUACAAUAGGACAGUGGAUACAAGUUGACUUGAGCAAAGUAACCACAAUUACAGCCAUUGCGACACAAGGCGGUCGUGAUUCCCACUGGGUUAAAACGUACAGUUUGCAGUACAGCGACGAUGGAACUAACUUCAAAGACUAUGAAGGGGGAAAGACUUUACCUGGAAAUUUGGAUCAAUCAACGGUUGUAAAAAAUAGCCUUGACCCUGACAUAACUGCCAGGUAUAUCAGACUUCUUCCAAAGACAUAUUAUAGUCACAUGGUACUAAGAAUGGAACUUUAUGGUUGCGAAUCCUCGCAGUUUUGUCAUGCGCCUGAUAAGAUUUGCACUCGUGGAGCUCCGGGUAAAAGAGGRCAAAGGGGCCGAAGAGGAAGAAUAGGUCUUAAGGGAAUGAAAGGCAAUCCUGGAAAAUAUGGUAAGCAAGGAUUUCGAGGACCUCCUGGACUAAAAGGAAUUAAAGGCGAUACAGGGAAUCCYGGACCAAAGGGACAAAAGGGAGAUAAUGGRAAUCCUGGACCGCCAGGAUCGCCGGGACCGAAAGGGGAACCAGGUGGAAAGCUUUCUCAGCCUUCAGUACUUGUUUCACCAUCGACAUUCACAGUUACUGAGAACCAGACUGCUACCUUUCAUUGCAAUGCUCAGGGUAAUCCAAAACCAAAGAUAACAUGGAAAAAAGAAUCUGGAAAGAUUGAUUUUGUUAAAACCAGAAUAGAUAAAUCAGGAUUGUUUGAAAUCUCAAAUGUUGAUGAAAACGAUGCAGGUAACUAUACAUGUUCCGCAAAGAGUGUUCUCGGAGAGGAUGCAAAUAGAGUGUCACUUCUUGUCAGAUUUCCACCGAGGCUCACCAAGGUACCAGAGUCAUUCCAAACUGUCAUUCAAGGAAGUACUGUCAAUUUGAUAUGCACUGCAUCGGGUUAUCCACCACCAAUAAUCACGUGGUCAAAAGUUCAUGGUUCUCUUCCAUCAAAACGGAGUCAACAAAAUGGCGGAAAACUUACAAUCAGAAAAUUUGAGUUAAGUGACAGCGGGUCUUAUCAAUGUGUAGCUGUAAAUUCGUUGGGUAGAAAGACUCUUUACAAGUCAUUGAGCUUCGAAAGAUGUAAAGAUGGCGAUGCACUUGGCAUGCAAAGUAAAGCCAUUCCAGAUUCAAAAAUUACCGCUUCGUCGAAUGCUGGUUCAAGGUGGCUCCCAUAUUAUGCUAGACUGAAUGCAGCCCUUGGAAGUGGUGGAUGGGCAGCUAAAUCUAAUACACUAGGAGAAUGGAUACAAGUUGAYUUGAGCAAAGUAACCAGAAUUACAGCUAUUGCUACACAAGGCCGUUUUUCGGCAAGUUAUUCGGACCACUGGGUUAAAACAUACAAUGUGCAGUACAGCGACGAUGGAACUAGCUUCAAAGGCUAUGAAGGGGGAAAGACUUUACCUGGAAAUUCGGAUCAAACAACGGUUGUAAAAAAUAACCUUGAUCCUGCUAUAACUGCCAGAAUCACCAAUAUGCCAYUUUCAAAAGAUCCUGACAAAACGUAUCAUUGUAGCCACACAAAGUUCUUCAUUAUCACAUUCCUUUCGCAUACAUUGCUACUUUGUGCAGGCAUCGUUCCUUUGUAUAUCACAACAAAUCAUCGUCUGGUGACUGUCGAAGAUCGCGUAAGGCUGCAUGACAUGGAACUCAAUUCUUGUUGUCUUAUGAAAGUGACAUAUGCAGAUGAAGAGGAAACAAAGGUCACACUGAAUAGAGAAAAUCUUGACCAGACGCAAUUUAUCAAACGUUUAAGACGCAACACUCCUAACAUAUCUCCAGAUGUGUUGAAUUCCAUUCGCAUGGAAUUACGUAAUCACAUUUUAAACCUCACGGCCUCGCAGUUUUGUCAAGUGCCUGAUAAGAUUUGCACUCGUGGAGCUCCGGGWAAAAGAGGAAAAAUUGGGAGAAGAGGGGCUCGAGGAAGAAGAGGUCGAYYAGGUCCUAAAGGUACAAAAGGCCUUCCAGGAAAAUAUGGUAAACAAGGACUGCGAGGACCUCCUGGACUAAAAGGACAAAAGGGHGAUAUCGGAAAUCCAGGACCGCCAGGACUGACSGGACCGAAAGGGGAACGAGGRGAACAGGUUUCUGAGCCUUCAGUACUUAUUUCACCAUCGAUACUGACAGUUACUSARAACCRGACUGCUACGUUACAUUGCAAUGCUCACGGUAAUCCCAAACCAAAGAUAACAUGGAAAAUAGAAUCUGGAAAACAAAUUGAUUUUGGUAAAACCAGAAUAGAUAAAUCAGGAUUGCUUGAAAUCUCGAAUGUGAAUGAGAACGAUGCAGGAAACUACACAUGCUCUGCAAAGAGUGYUCUUGGAGAAGAUGCAAACACAAUAUCACUUCUUGUCAGAUUUCCGCCUAGAUUCACCGAGGUACAGAAGCCAUUCCAAACAAUUCUUCAAGAUAGUACUGUGAAUUUGAAAUGCGCUGCAUUGGGUUACCCACCACCCAUUAUCACUUGGACUAAAAUGCUUGGUUCUCUUCCUACAAAACGAAGUCACCAAAAUGGCGGGAAACUGACCAUAACUAGAUUCCAGAAAAGUGAUAGUGGAUCUUAUAAAUGUGAAGCUGUGAACUCCUUGGGGAAAAAGACAUUCUACACGAYAUUAAGCUUCAUCGGGCUGUGUGUGCGCAAGGCACUUGGUAUGCAAAGUAAGGCUAUCCGUGACUCGCAGAUUACAGCUUCCUCGAUUUAUAGCAGUAACUAUCUCCCAUCUUAUGGUAGACUUAACAUAUUCCAUAGUAAUGGUGGAUGGCUUGCAAAAUCAAAUACARUAGGACAGUGGAUACAAGUUGACCUACUUCAAGCAACCAGAGUUACAGCAAUUGCAACUCAAGGUACUCCUAAGUAUAAUGAAUGGACGACAAGCUAUAGUCUUCAGUACAGCUACGAUGGAACUAGCUUCAGAGACUAUGAAGGGGGAAAGACUUUACCYGGAAAUUCGGAUCGAACAACGGUUGUAAAAAAUAACCUUGAUCCUCCUAUAACUGCCAGGUAUAUUAGACUUCUCCCCAAGACAUACCAUAGCUACAUGGUUAUUAGAAUGGAACUUUAUGGAUGUCAACUAUGAACCAAACUGUAAACUUUAAGGGCUAUUAUAAGUGCUCUUAGUGUACAAGGUGCACUGGAAAAAAUCGCGCGCUUUAAAGGUUGUAAAUUUUAAGGCGCGCGAUUUUUUCCAGUGAUAUUUUUUGGAAAAACAAUUUUAUCUUAAAAUGGAAMAUGCCUCUGAGCACUUCUCGAGAAACACAACAACAAAAUAAUGAAGACACAGAAAAAUAUGCAUUAAACAGGUUUUGAAUAAGAACAUUUUACAGAUUAAAAAUUUAAAUGAACUGACAACAAUCAAAGGAUGAUUUAUUAUUUUGAAAUAUGACAGACGGCCGGGCUCGGAGUUAGUGUAAAGUAGGAGAAUAUCUGAAUUUAUAGGCUUGAACAAUUAUUUUUACAGAUUUAAAAUGCAAAUGAACUGAAAACAAGAAAAGAAUGACUUUUUAUUUUAAAAUAUGGCAGAUGUAUGGUCGGAGUUAGUACAAAUUGCAGUAUAUUUGAURAAAUCAUAUAUCUUUUUUACUUUGUACCAGUACUAUGCUUAUUACUUUUUUUAGCACUCCUCCAUUAUUUUGAAUUAUAUUAACAGGUACAGUAACAAUCACUCAUAUAAUACAAUCGGCAGUCAAAAAAUAUAAUAAGCCUUUGGUUUUCUUUUGAGMUGUAUGGCAUCAGCUCUUGGAUCGUAAAUGAUUAAGAAAUUGYUUACAGAMCAUAUGAAAAAGGGCGUGGCUAUCGYAACGCCUGAGUUUAUAAUUUGUUUAAUAUAUCAUUGCUACCCGUUGAAAGAACAUGUUAUAAUGAGUGAGAUCUGAACGUUUCAAUGCUUCUACAUUUAAGGACCAGAAAUUACAGGUGUUUGAAAUUGCAAAGGUCUUUUUCUUUCAGA